ACACUAUCGCACCCAGGUGCACGCACACUAGCAGAGCGUUGCUGAGCGGACUUUACCACACAGACGGUCAACCCCCCCAAAACAGCACACAUGCGGCGCAGUAGUGCUCUCUCUCGUUUCGUGAUCGGACGUCGUGCAGCUCCGUGACGAAGAAAUACGCGCAAUAUUGCCCUCCGGGUGAGGAGAAGUGUGUGUGUGUGUCAGUGUGUCUGUGUAGUUGGUGAUGAUGACGGCAACUCACGGGAAAGAUUUUUCUACCGCGUGAAUCAACCAGUGCCGUCACGGCAAAGGGCUCACACUGCAUAGCAAAACAACAAACGGUGCCAGCGAGAAGAUUGUUGGUAAACAGUGCGCGCAUGUUUCACGUGUGUUGCCAUUGUGUGUUGGACGGUGAAAACAGGAAAAGUUACUAGAAGAUUAAGCAGCUUUUUUCAUCGCCCCGAAUUGCUGCCAAUCGGGAACUAAAUUUCCUCCCUCUCGAAGGGUGGGAGGGGGGCAAACACUACAAAAAUAGGCAAAAACGUGCACAAACACACACACCGUCUCACACGCAGGCAAAGAGUUGUGUGUGUGUAUGAGUGUGGUUGCACUUGUGAAAUAUUCUUCAUCGCGCUAAAGGGAGAGAGUAGCACGCACAGCCCGUUUUAUGCGUGUCAGUGCGUAAAAUCGCGCGUAACAGACUGAAAGGGAAAACCCUGGCCUCAACCACACACACAUACUGGGGGGCAUUUCACAAUCAUAGCAGGCUUAAGCUGCCAAAAGGGGUAGAGCAGGUCCGAAAAGGGUUUGCUCAACAGUGAAAAGUGUCAAAAAAAGUGUGUGUGCGUGUAAAAGUGGUCAAACGAAAAGGGCCUUGCAACCCGGAGAAAAGCUGUAACGCUGCGCGUGUGUAGAAAGGAGUGGUGUGUGUGGUUUUUUGCACCAGAUUGUGAUCUGCUUUACAACUGUUUGCGCAUUUUACAAUAACAACAACAAAAGAAGUACGAAUGGAUUCGAACAGCCUGCUGAGCAUGAACCUGGCACUGAACGUGGCGCGGAAGUGUCGCAUCUGCGGCAUGGACAUACUCGAUCUCACGUGCGCCUUCCCGAUCUUUGGCAACGAUCGGGUGGAUCAGAAGCUGGAGCGCUACCUGCAGCUGAAUAUACAAAUCGAUGACCUGCUCCCGAAGUGCAUCUGUGGAUCGUGCUAUCUGAAGCUCGAAAGCAUCGACCAGUUCGCGCUGAUGGCCAGCCGCACCGAGGAAGCGUUCCGCGCCUGGCUCGGUCGUCUCCGCGGUCUCAACAGCCCGGCCGAGGCGGCCAAAAACGUCAACGUAAUGUUGCCCCUGUUUCGACUCGAUCCCGACGGUGGUGCCGAUUCGAAAAAGGGACACAACGCAUCGGCCGCCAAAGACGCACGAAGCAAUCCUUCCCCGACCGUAUCGACCGCUACACCACCGGCCAGCGUCAGCCCGCCCGAGAAGGGCAUCAUCUCGUACAGCGAUCUGAAGCUGGGGCUGCUGAUUAAAGACCAAGAGCUGCUGAAGCUGAUCCUGAAGGCGCUCCGGUGGGCGGAGAACGAUCGCCGUGCGUCGUUCGAGGUGCUGAUACAGCGGUUGAAGAAUUCGAGCUUCCGGGAGAUCCUCUCCAACCGCAACCUGCUGAAUGAUAGUGAUCUGACGCAGCUGCUCAAAUCGUACAUCGGGCAGGGUGUGAUGAACAGCUUUGCUGCGAUGCCUCCUUCGGCAGCAUCAACGCCGCUGAACAAUAAUAAUGUUGUGCCGCCGGCGGUUAUGUUUCAACCACCGAUCAAUCCGACGGGUGGCGUUAAAUCCGGAAAUCAAUCCGGUUUUGUGGCACCGGUUGGACCGAUUGCGGGUGUUAAUGUGAAUGAGUAUAGGAUCGAUGAGGCCAGCGUCACGCAAAUGGAGGUAGGGGUAGAUCCCGAUCUGUAUCUUCCGUACGAGGACGAGGAUAGCAGCAGUACGAACAAGUUUGAGGGAACAAGGAUCGAGGAUCGGCAGGAAAACACGGUCACGAUCAAGCUGGUGACGACGAACGUUGCUGGAGAUAUGAUUGAAAACAAAAGGAUGAUUCCUGCAAUCCUGAACGUCCGCGGCACCAAGCGCUUCCAGUGCAGUGCUUGCCCGGAGUGCUUCGAAACGAACGGCGAACUGCAACAGCACAUCGUACGGCGACAUCUGCCCCGAACCAAUCGCACCGUUAUCACCGAACAGGGCAAACCGGCGAUCAAAAUUCGCGUUCGCAAGAACAAACCCAUCGCCGGUCCUUUGCUACCGCCGAAAUUGAUCCCCCCUUCAGCACCGAUCACCCUUACAGCUACUACUCCCUCACCGACCGUGCCUACCCGCGACAGUGGUGGCGUGACGGUGGCCCGAUCCUCAUCUCCCAUUAAAAUUGUACCACUAAAAAUCCCUGCCUCGACCACGAUUACGGUUAUUCCGGCGACACCGCCACCGGCGACCAUGGUCCCGGUGGAACCUAUCAAACCACCGACAGUCGAGCAGCAGGUGGAAGUAAAGCCACCGCCCAUAAAGAAAGAACCAUCUUCGGCGCCUGCAUCUCCCGCCAAGGGAGAGCUUCUGGUGCGCAAAUCGAAACGAAAGACCUCGCUCAAACCGGAAGUCAGUUCGCUCAUACUGGAGAAGCAGCAGAAAAAGCGAAAGGUACAGAAAGUGGUGCAGAAACCGGUGCUGAAAGAGGCACAGACUCCUGCACCAUCACCAGCACCACCAGCACCACCUUCGCCAAAACCGAAGACUUCACGCAAGUCCAACGCGUUCUGUGCGCUUUGCCGCAAGCGGCUAACACCGAAGCAAACGAUGCGCGUGCACAUGCAGCAAGAGCACUCCCGGUAUGAGUGUGAAAAGUGUGACCGUGCGUUCAAGAGUGCGUUGAAUCUGAGCCGCCACCAGCAGUACCAUGCCAGCAGUAGUAGUAGUAGUAGUAGCAGUAGUAGUACCGUGCCGACCGAGCUGGUGUCGUCGUCCGCCAGUACGAAAAGGGCACAGAAAGCAGCCCAGCAGGAGGAGGAGAAGGAACAAACGCACAAGUGUUCCUACUGCGAGAAAGCAUUUAAACGGAGCCAUCACCUAAAGCUACACCUUAAACAUCACAAAAAGGAUGCAACGUCCGCUGGCAGUGGUUUGCGCAGACGGGCGAAGCUUAAUCAGAGCAGUAGUAGCGGUAGUAGUGGCAGUGCCAUAAAGAGCGUACUUGUUUCGUCUACCGCCGAAUCUGGACAAGGCAGUAAAGCUCGAAAGAUGGAAGCGACCAAACGUAAAAGUACAAUCACUAGGAAAGUUAGAUUUUCCUGCUAGGUUUUGUUUUUCUAUUUCUUUGCUUAAAUUCCCUAAACCGGAAAGCUUUAAAUGUAGGUAAAUGUUGAUUUGUUUCUUACGUCAUAGCGUGUGUGUGUUUUUUUUUCCUAUAUUGCAAAGAAUUGCCUUCAUCGUUUGAAUACGUGUUACACUACGUAAGGAGAACUAUUUUAUGAAAAUGAAAUAAAGAUAAAUUCAUUACCAUUUGUCACAUGUUCUCCACGUUCGUUGGUAGGGUUUUAUGGUUGAGAACGACAAGCUGGUAACAUGUUCAGCACCACUCAGCUUCAGGAUCUUGCAUCCAAUCAUCUUCCAUGGGAGUCGACUUCGAUCCGACUCCAGAAGGUAGGUCCGUCGGAAUCGCCUGGAAUCGUUUGGAGUCGUUCAGGAUCGGCCGUCUAUGAUGGCGACGAGACGGUGAACGACAAGGUGAAGGGCAAGAGCAUGCCGGGGCAGCCGCGGACGCUGUCCAAAUUUGCUGUACGACAAGAGGCACAUCACCAUCCAGCAGGUGCGCCACAUCUACGCGGAGCAGGCACCGGACGACGACGACGAGCGCGAUGAUUCGUUCGAGACGAUGGAGAUGAGCAAAUCACGCCACGUGAAGGGUGUCUGGAAAACGCUAGCGGACGCCAUGGACGAAACAACAACUCGCCGUGGACGCCGAGAGCAGCGAGGAGCAAGUGCAGUUGAAGCAGGGCGUGAACCUCAAUACGAAUCCAACAGUAUCAAAGUACCUACAUUUGAAAUCAUAGAUUUGAUAAUAUAAGCGGAAUCUGAUUAGCUUUUCCUUUAGAUUUUUUUACCAAAAGAAUCCAAGAGUUCUUAGUUCCCUGACUGGUGUAUUGACCGAUGUACAUAAUCUUACAUUUCAUACGUACGAUGACAUACUUCCGAACCAGGUCCUGAUCCACUCACUACUUCCUGAAACCAAUUAUACAGCCAUGAAGCACCCAGAUAAAUUCUUUCCAUAGUAAAGAAAACUUUCUAAAACACACACAUACACAUUAUUAAGCCAUACCGAUCGCCUCCUCCCUCCUGCUGGUACACUCUUCCCCGCAGCAACGCACAUUUUAUUCCAUCAUCCCUCGUCACAAGCUACCAGCCGCGCGUGUUUAAUUCGUACAAUUUAACAGUUUGCAUACUAUUACAGUGUGUUUGUGUUUUGUGUGUGUGUUUAUUUCGUAGCUUACAGCUACACCACUAAACGUGUUCCAACAGUAAAUAAGUGUCGCGUUAAAAACAACUCUCUUCAGCCCCAUUUAACCCCAGGAUAGUGAAACGUUCAAAAGUUUUCUUGUACAAAGUUGCUCGUACAAGAGAAAGUGUGUGUGUUAAUUAUGUGUUUGCGGAACGAGAACAUGUUCCAUGGGGUUGGUUUGCUGUUGCUCGCCCCCACUGUCCAAUCGAAGGAAUGCAUCAUCUCAUCGUGCAGCAGCAGUGCAAUGUAGGAGUGUAAAGUUGCAAAGUUUAGCAUAUUUUAGACUAUUUUUUUGCAUUUGCAAACAGUGGAAUGCCUUUGACCGGCUUCAUACACUGUACCAAGUAUUGCUUUGCUCACACCAGAGUAAUUGAAAUCCAUACCAUGAAAGCUUAUUUUUAAAAGAGUAAUUCAUUAUUGCUGUGUGUUUGCCUUUUUGUUGUGUUCCCUCUUCUAAACUAAAGUGUGUUGCAGUGGGGCGGACUAUGACAUUUCUGGCAAUGUAUUUACUCAGGGCACUCAAAGGUAGUUUUAGGUGUGUGUGUGUGUAUAUAUGAUAACUCUCUUCAAAUUGUGCAAUCACUUAGGUGUAUCGUGUGUCUGUGUGGCCAAAACAUCCUACCAAAAUGUGUGUAUCGUGUAACUCAAUUUUAAGGCACGGUGAUCGUUUGCUGUAGCAAAGAGUUCUGCACACCUUUGCGCCCUAGAUAGAACACACCACAUCUACUCAUAUACAUUAUAUAGCUUGUUCUGUACUGUGUUUAUUCAUUUUUAAAUUGUUUUUCAAUCUCCUAAACUCAUUUUCGCACCGUAUAUGGAUCUACACAAAUAACAAACAGCGGUUCAUCCUCUUAUCCUUGUUCUCGAAAUCUUUUCUGAAUUUGCAACAAAUUGCUUGCCAUUUUACAUUUACUUGGUAACGUUAGUUCUACUAUUUUAUCGUUUAAACGCUCUCACACGAACUUUCACACUCUACACAACAAAUCCAUCAAUAUCACAAGACGCUUCCCUUUCCCCCCUUUGGGUCGCUAAAAGGGAUAAUAUCGAUCGCGCCGCACUGGGUGCGGGGCAAAUUUAAAUCGUUUUACUUCCAUUUUUCCUGUCCUGUUGGGAUUCCUGUUGGGGCUUUUGCUUAUUGGAAGAAGGUACAAAAUUGUAACGUACGCUGCUCAAUGGUUUACAUGUGCUUUUGUGGACUUUUAAGCAGCUUUAUGGGUUAGAAAUGCCUUUUUGGUGCGCUUAGUUGUUGUUAUGGGUGAAUAUGUUGGAGAGCUAUGUGUUUUUGUUCUCUCUUUUCUCACUAGUCACACCUGUUCUCUGUCUAUAGAAACUAUUAAUCCAACAAUUGAUCCUCCAGUCUGCUCCAGUGUCGGGAAUGGAAUCGUGUUGGAGAAAAAGGAAUGACUGUCAAAAUAUGAAUAUAUUCAAAUAUAUAUAUGUAUAUGCUUUAACAACGUAUUGCAGGUUCCCGUAGAGGUGUGUUUGUGAUACAAUCUGGUACGUGUUUGUUUGUUUGUGGUGCCGUGUUUUUAUUCUAUUAAAAAUAAGCUUUCAUGCAAACCCCUAUGGCUUGGAAAGAGUGUAGCUACUACAUUAACUAAUCUAGCGCGCAUCAUAACAAUUUGUAACCCACGAACGCCACAGUCAUCCAGCUUGAGAGCUCGGGCAAGUGGGGAGAAAGACCAACCAACAUUUUAUAUCGCAUCUGCUAGACUUUCAGCUCGCUAUUGCCUACUACACCACCAUACAAUUGCACGGCUCUGGGGCGCAAACAAUAAAUUCCGUCGUUUAUGUAUGUGUUUUAUGUAUUGAAAUGUGGUUUUACCGGUAAAAACUGUCUUCAUCUACUGACAAACGUUGCACUACUACUUUGCACACAAAAUACACUCACUAACACACACAAACAAUCUGUGCGAUGAUCCUAACAGCACCCUUGGUAAAAGGGGAUUAGUUUUGAGAAUAGCUGUUCUUUUUUCCCCUGCCAUUCCCACGGGCCGGAUGCUUUUAAACGUGAAAGUUGUUUCAGGAACAGCACCCCACGGAAAGGAGUUUCCACUGGUUUUGGGAUGAAUUUUAAAAACAAAACAACUAAAGAAAA